AUGGAGCUGCACCCCGACAAGACGCCCGUGCUGCUGCAAGCAGGCGUGGACGACAUGCAGAUGUGCGAGCUGAGCCUGGAGGAGACGGGGCUGACGCGCAAGCGCGGCGCCGAGAUCCUGCAGCACGAAUUCGAGCGCGAGUGGGCGCGCCACCACGGACCGCCCUACCGCCCGCUCGACAGAAUGCAACAGCAAUCCUAA